UGGAAGGGCUCUAAGCUCCCCUUAGCCAGCCUGCCCUUAUUUAAUUUGGAGUGUGAUUUUGCUAUAUUUAGCAGCUGGAUUCCCUCCAGCAAGGCUUGGAGUUCUUGGCUUUUUUUUUUCCCCUCCCUCUCUCUCUCUCUCUCUCUCUUCCUAUUUUUUUUUCUCUGCAAAUGGUUUUGACCCAGCUUCCUUCCUCUUGGAACAAUUUUUUUUAUUGAUAUAAAUAGGAAGGUGGGCCUGUCUGCUCUGCUCUGUGUAUGUGUGUGUGUGCGCGCGAGUCGCUCUCUCUCUCUCUCUUUCUCUCUCUCUCUUUGCCUUCUUGUUUCAGAUCCGCAUUUGCAACCAUCAGCAGCCAGAAGGGGGGUUGGUUUUAAUUUGAUCACAACACAGACACACAAGGAAAAAACACACACACAGAUCCGAGAACAAGAGCAAUUAAGAUAGAAAAAUGAGUGAAUCCAGUGCAAAAUCCAGCCAACCCCUGGCUUCGAAACAGGAGAAGGAUGUCUCCGAGAAGAGAGGACGGGGCCGGCCCAGGAAGAAGCCGCAGAUCCGGGCAUCCGCUGACAGCCUUGCCCUUUCUCUUCAGCAGGAACCCAGCGAGGCCCCGACCCCCAAGAGACCACGGGGCAGACCAAAGGGGAGCAAAAACAAGGCCACUGCCAAAAGCAGGAAAGCUGCAGCGACACCUGGGAGAAAACCUCGAGGCCGGCCCAAAAAAACGCAGAAGGACGAAGAGGAGGUGAACAUUUCGCAGGAGUCGUCCGACGAGGAGCAGUGAACACUUGAACUGGCACUACCUCAUUACUUAACUUACCAAUUUCUUGUCAAGUUCUGGGACUGAGGAAGGGGGGGGGGAAAAAGGUCCUCCGUAACUUUUUUCCCCCCCUCCUCUGCUACUUUCUCACACUCAAAAAAACAAAACAAACAGCAGCACUGGAGAUCAAACCGACAGGCCGUCAGCUGCGCGCGCGCCGGCGGUGGUAACGAA